CAAUGCCAGUGAUCAAGUUUACCCAGUGCGAGUGAAAUUUCCUGCUGAAAGAAGCGGUAGAAACAUAGUAGUCAGUAGGUUGUAAAGACUAGAGCGAGGGUGGACAGUUGUCACAGUUGAGUGGGAUUUUGAAUAGACGGUCGAGUGAUGUUCGUGCUCCUGAUCCUUGUGAUCCUUUCCUGCAGCGACGCGACUCCUUUCCAACCCUGGGACACGAGGAACUGCAAGUCGGCGACGGACACCUGCAGACCUGAAGAACAGGUCAUGAGACCCUGCGAGCCCAUCUGCAUAGGCGCCAACUGCACCCUGCGGGUAGCAAUCAUCCUGCCUGAGAGUGAAUUCUACAUUGUAAACGCCGAUGCGGCGCUCAACGAACUGCAGCUGGCUGAGAAGUUCACGAAAAACUCCGGAAUUCUCCCGCAGGAUCUCACCGUCAACUUCUCGAUCUACAAUGACCAGUGUAAGCAAGGUUACGCAACUGUUGCUGCUGUCGAUGCUUACACUGACCAUUGUUCUCACGUUAUCUUUGGUCCUGUUUGCGACUACUGUACAGCAAGUGUGGGUCGUACGGUGCAAUAUUUAGCUAGUUACGGAACACCUUUGAUAAGUCCUGGAGGAUUCUCUUUUGAUUUCGUCAUAGAGAAGAUCAAAUGCGAUCAGGAGUUUUUCAUGUUAGUAAAUGCAGGUAUUAUGGAUUACCUGUCGUUUGGCGAGUUCUUAUAUCUAAUGAUGAUCAGAUUCAAAUGGGUUAACUUCACGCUGAUGUACGAGAAGUAUGACCAGAACCAAGUCGGAGGUGAUCAAGGUUGCCAGCUUCUAAUGAAGAGCUUUAUGGAGCUCAUCAAGAACAUGGAGUUGAAGUCUAAGUUUGUAGAUGGCGACAUUGUCAUGUUGAAGAUGUCCUACGAGGAUUACCUAACGCAAAAGGUCGGCGUGGAUUAUGGAAUCGUCGUGUUGUGCACAUCACCGGAGCACACGAGGGAGAUCAUGCUGGAAGCGGAGAAGUUAAAGAUGACGGAGAGCGGAGAAUACGUGUUCUUAAAUUUUGAUAUGUACAGUAACUCGACGCGACCAUCGCAACCUUGGUACAAUCAAAACGAUACGCUGGAAAACAACGAAAAAGCUCGAAGGGCUUAUAAGUCCUUAUUAACCUUCACACCUUGGGAUGAGGCUCAAAUCGUUGAAGGCACCGCUAAUCAAACUAGUCCAGGAAGCGUGUAUCUGGAUGGCAUCUACGAUGGUUUUGUUUUGUACGCGCACGUCCUCCAGGACCUCCUCUUCGGCAAUAACGAUACCGAGAAUGUGGUUCUGCGUGGCGUCGACGUGGUUAGCAAGAUGUUCGGAUACAGAUAUAUAGGCAAGCACGACAAGAAAAUUGUGAUUAACUGCAACGGACAGAGGGUCGCGAAGUACGCUUUGAUGCAAAUGAAUGGAGAAGAUAAGUUUCACAUUGUGGCCGAGUAUAAUACAUUAGAUAAGGAGGUGCAAAUGCUGAAGAACAUCACGUGGGUGAGCGGCACCCAGCCUGGAGACACUCCGGUCUGCGGCUACGAUAACUCGAAAUGUCCCACUGAAGUGAACGUGUUUUUGAUAGUGGCCUGCGUCGCGGUCGGUAUCGCCCUAAUUAUCUUCUCGGCCUUCCUCUACAGGCACUACAAGCUGGAAGCGGAUAUUGCUUCGAUGACGUGGAAGGUGAACUACGAUGACAUCAAUUUUUUUGAGAAGCCUCGGAGCAGCAUAUACUCGUCCUGCGGUUCGAUUGCGAAAAGAGGCAGCCAGGCGACGUUGGUGUCGGAUAUGGAUGCGGGAAGUUUAGCUGGGGAUAGGCAGCUUUACACUACAGUGGGUUACUAUAAAGCAAUACGCGUGGCCGUGAAGAGAUUGAAAGACGCCAAAAUCGAACUAAACCGGUCGCAGUUAAAGGAGAUGAAAGCUAUGAAGGACUUGUCAAAUGAUCACUUAGUUAAAUUUUACGGUGCUUGUUUGGAUAGUCCGCACUGCUGUAUAUUAACCGAGUACUGUCCGAAAGGAUCGCUGCAGGACGUCCUCGAGAACGCCGAGGUGAAGCUUGAUUGGGUCUUUCGGUUGUCCUUAAUACACGAUAUUGUGCGGGGCAUGCAGUAUUUGCACAACAGUGAUAUAAAAUCUCACGGGGCGCUGAAAUCCUCGAACUGCGUUGUUGAUAGUAGAUUCGUGCUGAAAAUAACCGAUUUCGGAAUGGGAUUCAUCCGUUGCUACGCUCUGGACGACAGCUCCGACGGACACAACCAGGAAACGCACUCCUACUGGGAGAGACAACUGUGGACGGCACCCGAGCUGCUACGGAUAAACAACAGGCCCAUGCAAGGCACCCAGAAAGGUGAUGUCUACUCCUUCGCCAUCAUCGUCCACGAGAUCGUAACGCGACAAGGCGUCUUCUACUUGGGAAACAACAAUAACAUUUCCAAAAGCGAAAUUGUUGAGGGAGUCAAGAAGGGAGCCGAAGGGCCGAAUGGUCAGCUGUUGCGGCCUUUGAUAGAUGAAAACACUUGCGAUGACGAUGUGUCCGGUUUGAUGCAGCGUUGCUGGACUGAGGAAGCCGCUGACAGGCCGGACUUUAACGCUCUGAAGAAUACUAUUCGCAAGAUUAAUAGAGGAAAUGGAAACGACGGUAACUUGUUGGAUAAUCUUUUAUCCCGUAUGGAGCAGUAUGCCAAUAACUUGGAGACGCUCGUCGAAGAGCGCACUGCUGACUACUUGGAGGAGAAGAGGAAAUGCGAGGAGCUUCUAUACCAGUUGCUUCCGAAAAGCGUUGCUCUUCAGUUAAUCACAGGUAACUCUGUGAUUGCUGAGACCUUUGACCAGGUCACUAUUUACUUCAGCGACAUCGUCGGCUUCACUACUCUCUCGGCUCAAAGCACUCCGCUGGAAGUCGUCUAUCUUCUCAACGAUUUAUACACUAGUUUCGAUUCCAUCAUCGAAGAGUUCGACGUUUAUAAAGUCGAGACCAUCGGCGAUGCUUACAUGGUUGUAUCCGGAUUACCGGAGAGGAACGGCAACAAGCAUGCUUGCGAGAUAGCCAGGAUGUCUUUGGCCCUUCUGGCUCAGGUUCGUAAGUUCAAGAUCCGUCACCGGCCGCAGGAUCCUCUCAAGCUUCGCAUUGGAAUGCACACCGGGCCUUGCGUUGCAGGUGUAGUAGGGCUUAAGAUGCCCAGGUAUUGCUUAUUUGGUGACACUGUAAACACCGCGUCUCGCAUGGAAUCCAAUGGAGAACCAUUGAAGAUUCACGUCAGCACCGCCACCAAAAAGGUGCUCGAGAACUUCAAGACCUUCGACUUGGAGUGUCGUGGAAACAUCGAGAUUAAGGGGAAAGGUAAGAUGACUACUUACUGGUUGAAAGGAGAGAUCAAACCUCCGGUCGAGAAGCCGAAGACGAUGCCGAAACCCACCGUCAGCACUCCGAUGCCCAAAAGAGAGAUUACUUUCAGCAACAACACCGGCUCAUUGAACACCGUCGAUACCAGCGUGGAUGAAGCAGCUAUACCAUUGCUGUCCAUCAUCAUCCCCGACAAUUCGCAAAAUUAAAUCGACGUUGUGUCUCCAAAAAUAAAUGUUGUACCAAUGUUCUGUACUCUAUAUCGUGGCGGGAGCUGCACCUUCCCCUUUUAAAGA